AUGUUUUACAAUGUUGGCAAGAUCAUUAAAAGAAAAUCUCCUCCUUUAGAAGAAAUAAAAGAAUUCCUGUCUUGUCGUAGCAUUGUUUUUAGACGAAAAGUAGAGAAAUGUACUAAUAUUUCUGGUGUCUUGCGUCUUAUUCAAAAUGACUGUUCACUGACUGAUAUUGAACUCCUUCACAGUGUAGUGGAAGAAAUGGAGAUCACUGAAGCUACCAGAUACAUUGAGGCAUAUAGAACAGAAUUAAAGGAAUUCUGCAAGUCACUCUCCAUCAGUCUUUGUUUGAAAGAAAGAUUUGCUUCCAUUCCUCCUCUUCAAUGUGAAACAGUUACUUUUGUCCUUGACUGGGAGCCUGAGGAACAUGUACUGAAGGAUAUUAAGGAUAUACUGUCGAAAAUGUCUGUUGAUUACAUUGUACAGGAACUAAAAGAAAAGGAUCAAGACUCAUUACAACGUACAGAUGUUAUUUCUUAUAUUAUACUUGAAGAGGCUGAAUGUAAGCUAAGAGAUGCUAUCAGUAGCAAAGAGAAGGAAACAAUUAAAUUAAAACAAGAACUAUCAAUGAUGAAAGUACUGGAGGAAGAAUCAUUGUCUGUUCAAAGUGAUACUGAAUCAGUUAAAGAAGUUGAGGAAGAACCACUUUAUGAAGAGUUGACUGUGUUGAGCUCUCAGUUUAAUGAGAUACAAAAAGAAAACAAAGAAUUGACUGACAAAUUAUCAAAAAUAAAGGUUGAGUAUUUGAGAUUACUUUCACUUUCUAGUAAUACUGAUUCAGCUGCUAGAAAAUUGAGGAGAGGAAUGUCUUUUGAAAUUGAUGACUGCAAAUUUCAUCUUAAAGCAAUGAAAAGACUAGACUAUCAGCCAUUAGUAGGUAAUAAAAGAAUAAUAGAGAAAUUACAAGAAAGAAUAACAUUAAUGAAUAUGGAACUAAUGACUGAAAGAGAACACAAUGAGAAGAUUAUAAAAGAUAUUAAAGAUUUGACAAGUGUUGAAGACAAAGAGACUAGUAAUGAAGAGAUUGAGUAUGUUAGUCUAAAGGAUGAGAUGAAGGAUCAGAUAUGUUCAUUACAACUAUAUUGUAAUCAUCCUGUUACUGGAAGAUUUAUGAAGCCAAGACUUAAAGUACAUAAAGAUGAACUACUACCCACAGUACUGGAUAAAGCUUAUGAGUUAAUGGAAUUAGCUCCUCAUAUUCCUAUUGAGAGAUGUCGUUUAGUUAAAUAUGAUUAUGAGAAUGAUGUAAUGGAGCAGUCCUUUGACCUUGAUGAGUUUAAGCAUCAAACUAUUGGACAGAUUGUGGGUGGGACUAGGCUUUAUUAUCCUUUUGGAUUAUUCAUAGAAACUCGUGAAGAAAAUGAAAUUUUUGAUAAAUACCAUAGUGGAGGUAAUAAUCUAUUGAUAUCAGUGGUUGAUCUGUCAACUGGUAAAGUAGGACCAGGUAAACUUAUGAGAGUUGAAGAAGGUUGGACUGUUGGAGAAUUUAAAAAACAUAUAGGAGAAGCAUAUAAUCUUAAUUCAUCAUGUAUGAGAUUAUUGCUAGAGGAGAAGAAUGAUGUUACUGAUAUUAGUGAUGCAGGAAGUACUUUAGGAAAGAUAUUCAGAAAAUCAGCAUACAAAGACCAACAAUUAGUGUAUGUAUCAUCAAAUCCUGAAGAGUUUCAAAAAGAAUUCAAACGUAGUUUGACGUACAGACAUGUUUCUAAACUUUAUCUUAUCAACCGAAUGCUAUUAAACAUUACAAUACCUCUGGCUCCUGGACCUAAAGCCACUCCCACUACAACUAAUGUACCUGAAGGAGGAAUAAUAAGGAAAUUUGUACUAAUGAAAGAAGAAACUAAAGGAAAAGAAAGAAAGAUACAGGUACUAGUUGAUAAGAGAAUAACAUUAGCUCAAUUGAAGGAGGAACUAGUUCCACUGAUUGGUGUACCACCUACUGGUUUUAUAGUGUAUGGGAUCAGUGGUAAUAGAGAAUAUGAAAUGAAGAGACUUAAUAGCACAUCAAGCUUACAGUAUAUUGGUUCUGGAUCAGAGCUGAUAAUAAGACUGGGUAGACCAUUACAAGAAGGAGAGCACAGAAUUACAUUAUAUUUACUACAAGUUAACAAUACAGUGUUUUGUAAGUUUAUGAUGGAAUCUAUUGUUGCUAAGGGUACACCAGUGAGAGAAUUUAAGAAACAAAUUAUUGAAGAAGCAAAAGCACAAGGAAUUGACUGUGUCCUUGAAUUAGACAAAAUGAGAAUACGGGACAAGAGAGGAGCAUCUCCUGGUAGAGUAUAUUAUCUUGAUGAUGAGUUGAUUAAUACUAGUAGGGAAAUGUAUGUUGAACCAUUGAAAGGACCAGAGGAGAUAAAGCAUGAUCAACACAGACAGGUGUAUGUUAUAAGAUGGCGUCCAUCACAAUGUUCAGUUGAUCCAAUAGAAGAAAUUAUACUGGAUAGAAGAUAUGAUCCAAAUCAUGUUAUUGAAAAGCUUUCAGAGUUAAGUGGAGUUCCUGCUGAGUUUAUCUCUUAUUCACAGGAAAGAUUAUUUCCAGUUGAAACACAUGUAUCAUGUCUUGAUAUUGAGAAUAAAUUGACUUGGCAUUCCAUCACUUCAGCCACAUACUCAUUAGGACUAUAUGAUGAUGGACGUGUCAUAUAUUACAAAGACAAUAGAGAGACAAUGAAAGAGUUAACAGAUAAAGAGAGAUCAAAAUUUCAAGAGGCAGAGAAAGCAAGGUUGAGGAGGAUUAAGAAAUACACAUCAAAGUAUAGACAUAGAUAUGGAUAUUGGCAUUGGGACUGACUGAAAUGGAUUGGCUUAAUUUUUCAUGUCAUAUUAAUUAUUUAUGUAGUUGCAACUCUACUACCAUCUAACAAUGAAUACAGUCAUAACUCAUAA